UGAGACGGAGUAGAAACCCUCUUUCUCAUAUCGAAGGUUUGUUCUGAAAGCACGAUAAUGUUUGAAAACUACAGGUUUCGGCUUCAGCUCCCAGCAGCAAACCGGUUAAGAUAGAGAGAGAAUCCAUGGCGCAAUUGCUCUCGUUUCGCGUCUAUCUCUCUGCCGAAACGCAGAAAGCUUCUCCAGAGUCGUUUAAGCGAACCCAAAAGACUCGCAAACCGUUCACGCCUGGUCAGAGAGGUCCGGUGACUCCAGUGAGGAAACCUCAGAAUCUGAAUUUGGAGGUUUCUCCACAUAGAGCUGUAUCUGCGGUCAGAUUGAUGAGAAUUGAGUUCGGUGGUGCGUUUGCUGAUCUUUUGAAUGAGAAAGGCAAAGGGUCUGGGAGCAAUGAGAUGAGUUAUGUUGAAAGAACCAUCGGUUUUCGAACACGCGAUUUGGAUGACCGGGAUCUUAGACUGGUUACUGAUGUUGUUGGAGGAACAAUACGUUGGAGGAGGUACCUUGAUCACUUGAUUGGUUCCCUUUGCCACAACGAAAGGACGUUUCGAAACAUGGAGCCUCUUCUGUUGCAGAUUCUCCGCAUUGGUUUCUAUGAGAUCAUUAAGCUUGAUAUGCCAGCAUACGCUGUUGUAGAUGAGAACGUAAGGCUUGCAAAGAUUGCGCUUAGACCUGGUGCUGGAGAUCUUGUCAAUGGGAUUCUUCGUAAGCUUGUCUCUCUUAAGGAAAAAGACGCACUUCCUUUACCCAAAGUGGAAGGGGAUGAUCGUGCACAAGCACGUGCACUUGCUACACUUCAUUCACACCCCGUUUGGAUGGUUAGGCGAUGGGUGAAGUAUCUUGGGUUGGAUGAAGCAACCAAGCUGAUGACGUGGAACAACACUGAUCCUGGAUUCAGCUUAAGGGCCAAUAUGGGAAGGGGCAUUACAAGAGCAGACCUUGUGGAGCGUCUGAACUCUUUAAAGGUUCCACACGAACUGUCCUUACACUUGGAGGACUUUGUCCGCAUCAAAACAGGAUUGCAGAUGGUUGUGCAAGCUGGUUUACUCAAAGAAGGCAUAUGCUCUGUCCAGGAUGAGAGUGCAGGACUAGUAGUCUCAGUGGUGAAACCUCAGCCGGGAGAUAGGAUACUGGACGCAUGUGCUGCUCCUGGAGGGAAGACCCUUUUCAUGGCGUCUUGCUUGAAACACCAAGGUAUGAUAUAUGCUAUGGAUGUGAAUGAAGGACGGCUCAGAAUUCUUGGGGAGACGGCAAAAUCACACCAAGUUAAUGGACUUAUCACAACCAUUCAUUCAGAUCUCCGUGUCUUCGCUGAAACCAAAGAGGUACAAUAUGAUAAAGUGUUGCUUGACGCCCCUUGUUCUGGACUUGGUGUCCUCUCCAAGAGAGCGGAUUUGCGCUGGAACCGUAAACUAGAAGACAUGGAAGAACUUACGAAUCUGCAGGAUGAGCUUCUUGAUUCUGCCUCCAAACUGGUGAAGCCAGGUGGGUUCUUGAUAUACAGUACUUGCUCGAUCGACCCCGAAGAAAAUCAAGGAAGGGUCGAAGCGUUUCUCCUAAGACAUCCUGAGUUCUCGGUAGAUCCAGUAGACAGAUUAGUACCAUCAAGUUUUGUAACUCUGCAAGGCUUCUUUUUAUCCAACCCAGUGAAACACUCCUUGGAUGGAGCGUUUGCAGCUCGUCUGGUUAGAGCCUUAUGAUGUAAAAGUCAAGCUUCUGAAGAUCAUCUUGAUGACAGAGAGAGUUGUGGUUCCAUUUGUGUCUAUGAGAGCAAAGAAGGUACGGAAACACCUUUUUGUUGAAAAGGGAUCCAUGCAUAGAGUUAAAGAUGUUAUGAGAAAUCUUGUAAACUUUGUAGAGAUGAUUGAAUACCUAGUGAAUUGUUUGUUGGUAUGUAAACAUCAUGCUAUUUUGAACAAUAUGAAUAAAAUGCCUUACCGUUUAAGCGAUCUACAAACGGCGUGUCGUGCAGUUGUCAAAAGUAUACGUUAUGGGCUCCGAAGAAGCCCAUAUAAUAGUUUAGUCGGCAAGAUAUAAAAGUCGAUAAAAUCAAUCAUGCCAAACAGACAAAACUAUAUUGAAAUGAAAUUUCAUUAAUUAUAAUCCCUUGUACGAUUGACUAUUUAUGGCAGAAAACAUCACACUCUUUGACUUUUAAAACAAUUGCAUCAUCUUGUUUAAGUUAACUGUUACUAAAAGAAAAUAAACCAAUACCUUUUUAAGGAAAAACAAAUAUUGAAAUCACUAAAAUAAUAUAUAAAUUUAUGUAGUAUUUAUUUAAAAUAAAACGAAUUGAUAUUCUAACAAAUUCAAGAACACGUGAUUAUUUUAUUACUAUACUAAUAAAAUAAAUAAAUUUCAACUUGACGUUUUCCUUGUCAGCAGGAGAAUCUUUCCUAUUUCUUUACGUUUACAGACACUAAAAUAAAGUCUAGAGAGAAGGUAUCAUAUGAAUAGAAACAUUUACAUCUAGGUCACUUUUCAUCUUUUAUAUAUCACUCUGAGACCGUUGUUGCUCGUAACAUACUUUCUUCACUCGUUGCACGUAGAUGACAAUAUGCAAUGACAGUGUUGCCUUUUUCCCUUGCAAUCAGAAAAUUAAAUUGUUUUUUUUUGUAGUAGUCGUCGGUUCAAAAUUCCAAAGAGAGAAAAAAAACCCCACAAAUUUUUUUUGUUUGCUAUAUUCUCACAGUCUCUCCAUUUUUGCUCCUCUUCAUUUUCUUUUCAUUACUCUUCCAUUAUUUAGAGAAUCUCUUCCAUCUUCACAUAAUUCUAUGAUUUUCACAAGAUCAAUUAUAGAGAAAUCGUUUUCUUCUCCAUUAAUUGGUGAGAAUGGAUGAGUUUGGUGUUCUCGAUAAUCGUUACGGGAAAAUCUGCUCCAAUUACCGCAUCCAAGCGUUCUCUCAACAAGAGAAAAUCUGUCAAAAUCUAUGUUCCACUCAACUUGGAUCUGGUUCCAAAAACUCGGGUUCGAUUGUCGUUAACAUGGCUUCAGGGAAAAAGGGAUUUCGGUGGGUUAUUUAAGAAAUUGACCCAAAAUAUUGGAGAAGCAGGGCAGGGGAGGAAUUUGAGAAGAGCCAGAGCGAGGCUUCCCGUUACGGUUGCAAUAAUGGAACGAUGAGGAUGGUGGGAUUGGCUAGGAUAUUGAGGAGACAAAAAUAUCAGUGGAGAGCAUAGACAAGAGCUUGCAGGAUGCUUUUCAGGAUUUGAAUGUUCUUAUGGUAUUGCCCUUCUUCUUCUCCUUCCUUUUCGCCUUUAAGCAUCAUCAUCUUGGACGUCUGAAACAUGUUCUGAUACAAAAGCUUAACCUUUUGGUAUUCUCUCUGUCUAUGGAGUGUAAGGUUUGAUUAUUGGUUUCGUAAUAAGAAGAUCAGCUGUUAUAGAUAAGGAAAAAAGCAUAGGUUUCUGUGGAGAGUAAGGUUUGAUGAAAAUACUGUUUGUUUCAUUUUUCGUUUUGGAAUCUGUGUUUUGCAUAAAUUUUGUAGAGUCUGUAUUAAGGUUACAUUGAGAAUGACUAGUUAAUUGUUAAUGGAUAUAUAAUUGUUGUACAUGUGGAUAUAUAAACAAGUGUACAUGUCAUUAGUGUAACAAUUGAAACACACAAAACAUGCUAACACUAUUAUGUCCACCAGCUUCAUCAAACUCCUUUUACCGUUUUUCUUGAGUUGCUGAGAAAAACGUAGAGUUCCCGUUGAUGCAGCCUAAUGACUCUCCGUUUCUAUAUAUGUUCUCCCAUCUUAACCUUAGAACGUUUGUAAGGUUCGUGUAUCUGCAUUCCAUCUCUCCCGAGCUCUUUGAAAGCAGCAUUGUACAUUCACCUUUAUUAGACUCAGAGUUCGUUUAACACCAUUAUGUAUACGUGUACAUCUGCUAGGCAUGCCCACGUGUACACCGUCUAUGAAUGUCCAUGUGUACAUUGAUGCGGUUAUUCAACGAAUUAUCCAUGUGUACACUGAUGCAGUUCUUGUACGAACUCUUCAUGUUUCUUAACCAUAUGCGUUUUAAUGUGUCCAUAUCCACAAACCAUCCAUAAACAUAAUUCUUAUUACAUGUCAUAACAAGCUGGUCCUUUUGUCGAAAUCUUGGAGUUGGUGAAUGCAUCAAAUCGUCAUGGCUAAGCUACGGUUGCUGAGUUUGGAGAGGAAGAGGACCUCAAACGGCGCCGAAAAGAAUAUAGGUGGGGGAGGUGGACGAUGAAGACGGUGUCUCCGGGACGGAUUUAGUAAGACGGCCCAACAACAGACAAGGCGCUCUUCGAGGAGUUAAUGGCGGUUGGAUUUGCUGAAGUGACGAAGUAGAGAAACUCGUCGUCAAAUCAUUGAUUUCUAUUUUUUGUGGUUAAAAGAACAAAUAAUUGUAGGAUUGGGGACUUUUUAAAAAAAAGUAACAUGCAAAGGAAAACAAAUGAAGUGAGAGAGUGCGUAAAGAUAGAAAGUUCAUAAGCUAGAGAAUAUAUUUAUGAUAAAACAAUGAACGGAAAAUAUGUAAUCUUAACCAUAUUCUUUAUAUUGAUUUAGAUUUUAAGAUGAGAAAAGUUUUUAGCUUUAUAUCAAAUCAUGGACCAUCUGAAAAAAAUCCGUAAGAUUAUAUUUAAAAUAAACAGUUGUAUGACUUUUCUUGUAAGUGAGGGGUUAAUAUUUAAUUAGUUAGUUAGUUAUUAAUAAAAAAGAAAAAAAAAGUAAGUUAGAGGGCAACAAUGUAAACAACCACACAAAAACUACCCUAGUAGUUUAAAGUGACCCAACAUGUAAUAAAAUGAUAGAAAGUGACCAUGAGUGUAAAUCACAAGUAUGAAUAUUGCUUCCCUCUCUCUCUCUUACAUAUCUAUCUCUUGUCUCUCUAUCUUUCUCCUGGUUAGCAAAAAAAAAGUCGCAGAUCUUGCUUACUUGCCUAUCUCUCUCUCUUUCAUUUAAUUUCUAUCUCUUGUUGUUUGGUUAGCAAACAAAACUCACAGAUCUUUGAUGGAGUUCCGAGAGAAGCUGUUAAAGUUCAAGUUCCACAUCAUCUUCGCCUUCGUGUUCUCUCUCCUCACCGUCGCUCUCGUCACUUACUCUCCAGGUUUCCUCAUCGUUUUAUCUUACUUCUGGCCUCUAUUUCUCUCGACCGCUCUAUUUCUCGCCGCCGUUUUCUUCUUCGCCCGGACCUCCGACCUUCCGACGUCGUCUACCAUCUCCAGCGAUGGCUCUGGCGUAAAGUUAGCGGCAGAGGGGAUCCUUGACUAUGUGGUCGGCGGACAAGAGGAAGAAACUCUCCUUGAUAGCUUCACUAAACUCGACUAGUAUGAGAUAUCUCUCUGUUUUAAGUAUUUUCUUUAGUUUAUGAUUAAUAAUAAUUGAGGAUGUUUAUAAAUGUAAUAGUAGUGAACGUGGAAUAAAAAUAAAUCUUGCUUUA